AUGGACAGAUGCUGGGCCCUUGUCCUGGCCAUGGGGCACAGUGGGGGGAAGUCUCGGCUGCUGGUGCCCCUGUGGGUGCUGCUGACCUGUCUCCAGCCCGGGAAGGGCCUGGAGCGAAUCAGCUACGUGCCCCAGCUCUCAAGAGCCAGCCUGGCAGGGAAACUCACCCAGUCCACCUUCACGCUGGAGCAGCCGCGGGGCCAGUUCAGGCGCCUCAACAUCUCCGACUUUGACCCCAUCUGGCUGGUGGUGGCCGACAGCAAGGCCAUCCAGACCUUCACCGCCCCACAGAGAGUGGCGGACAUUCCGGCCCCUGCUGACCUCCCCCGGAGGGGCUACUACUGCACACUGCGGGCCAGCCGGGCACACUACCCGGGUGACCUGCCCGGCGGCCAGCUCCAGGUGCUCCGAGUGGGCAACGAUACCCACUGCUCCUCAACGACCAGGGGCUGCAACCACCCACUGCCCAGCCCAGGCCCCUACCGAGUCAAGUUCCUGGUGAUGAGUGACAGGGGGCCUGUGGCUGAGACAGAGUGGUCCAGUGAGACCCACCUCCAGCAAGCCAAGGUGCUCCCGGCUGCUCCAGGUCCCCCGAGCCCUGGCACCGUGCUCAUCACCGUCAUCUUGUCCAUCCUGCUCGCCGUGCUCCUCGUCACCCUCCUCUACACCUGCUUUAGCACCUGCAGGGGUGCUCUCCUCGCAGGCCCAGGAGAUGCCGUGUGUUUGAGAAGAUACAACACCCACCACGUGUGCGUCCCUCCAGCUGUAGGGGGCUCCUGA